GUCUCCCCCUCCCCACUCGCGAACUUAUUCACAUCCUUGGUGUGGUUAGCCAGCUGCACACGGCUUAUCAUAUCAACCUCAACGGACGGGACGUCAGUGGUAAUGUGGAAGGCAUUUAUUUACCGAAGGCUGAUACAAGUGGUGUGAAAUCUAAAGGAUUAAGUGGGGAAAAAAGAGGAAAACACCAAAAUUGCCUUUUGGUAAGCCAGGUAACAGGAAGCCUUGGUUUCCUGUGGACAGCUGCUGUAUAAAGACAUGGGUAUGAGGCUGAGGUGGUGUCGUAUCACCUGUAACUCAUGAAGUGAACUUAAAGAAUUGUGGAACGAGCAGUUUGCUUCAACUGAGUGGAAACAAAUGGAAAGGAAAUCAGUUAGAUGGACAACAAAACUAAAAGAAUGUGAAUAGAAAGAGUAUUUAUUUAAAAGCCUUUGUUGUUACCCUUAGAAAGCAAUGAAGAAGUAGAGGUGAUCCCUGUGUUGAUUUUGAUAAUGGCAGCUAUGGCUGAAGCGUGCACAGAUAACUGUUCCAACUCCUCCAGGGAUUACUGCUACACGGCUCGGAUCCGCAGCACCGUGUUGCAGGGCCUGCCCUUCGGAGGGGUCCCCACUGUGCUGGCCCUGGACUUCAUGUGCUUUCUGGUUCUGCUGUUUGUGUUUUCAAUUUUGCGAAAGGUUGCCUGGGAUUACGGGCGGCUUGCUUUGGUGACAGAUGCAGACAGACAGGGGCAGAGUCACAGACAUGUCAAAGAAGAACGGAAAUAUGUGGCGUCUGCAAUCCAUGCCGAAAUGCCCCAGAGUUAUGAGCGACUAACAUCGGUCUCCAGUUCGGUAGACUUUGACCAAAGAGACAAUGGAUUCUGUUCUUGGUUGACUGCUAUCUUCAGAAUAAAGGAUGAUGAGAUCCGAGAGAAAUGCGGGGGUGAUGCUGUGCAUUACCUUUCAUUCCAGCGACAUAUCAUUGGACUGCUGGUGGUUGUUGGGGUCUUGUCUGUGGGAAUUGUAUUGCCUGUGAACUUCUCAGGAGACUUGCUUGAAAAUAAUGCAUAUAGCUUUGGAAGAACAACUAUAGCAAAUUUAAAAUCUGGGAAUAACUUGCUGUGGUUGCACACUUCCUUUGCAUUUCUUUACCUGUUACUGACAGUAUACAGUAUGAGGCGGCAUACCUCCAGAAUGCACUACAAGGAAGAUGACUUGGUAAAACGCACUCUAUUUAUAAAUGGAAUUUCUAAAUAUGCUGAAGAGGAGAAAAUAAAGUUACAUUUUGAGCAUGCGUAUGAGAACUGCAAAGUGCUGGAGGCGCGCCUCUGUUACAAUGUGGCCAAACUCAUGUCUCUUGAUGGAGAUAGGAAAAAGGCAGAGCGUGGCAGAAAAUUCUAUGCUGAUUUGUGGGAAAAAGAACACAUCCACACCAUGAUCAACCCCAAACCGUGUGGACAUCUGUGCUGCUGCAUCGUCAAGGGGUGUGAGAAGGAGGAGGCUGUCUAUUACUAUACCAACCUGGAGGCCAAGCUGAAGAAGGACUACCUGAGGGAGAAGGAGAAGGUGUGUGAGAAGCCUCUGGGGAUGGCCUUCGUCACUUUCCAGAACGAGUCAAUGACUGCAAUUAUCCUGAAGGACUUUAAUGCCUGCAAGUGUCAGGGUUUUAAAUGCAGAGGAGAGCCUCAGUCCUCACCGUACAGUGAGAGCCUUCAUGUGCACGACUGGACAGUCAUCUAUGCCCCUGACCCACAGAAUGUGUACUGGGAGAACUUGUCACUCGGAGGGCUGUCUUGGUGGGUGCGCUGCUUGGUCAUCAACUGUGUUCUCUUCCUUCUACUAUUCUUCCUCACCACUCCUGCCAUCAUCAUCACCACUAUGGACAAGUUUAAUGUCACCAAGCCUGUUGAGUAUUUAAAUAACCCAAUUAUCACCCAGUUUUUCCCCACACUCCUGCUGUGGUCAUUCUCAGCUCUGCUGCCAACUAUUGUUUACUACUCUGCCUUCUUUGAAGCUCAUUGGACAAGAUCUGGAGAGAACAGAACAACCAUGCAUAAAUGUUACACCUUCCUCAUAUUUAUGGUCUUACUACUGCCUUCUCUGGGACUCAGCAGUUUGGAGCUUUUCUUCCGCUGGCUGUUUGACAAGAAAUUCUUAGCGGAUGCUGCAGUCCGGUUUGAGUGUGUCUUUCUUCCUGACAACGGAGCUUUCUUUGUGAACUAUGUCAUUGCCUCUGCUUUCAUUGGUUGUGCUAUGGAGCUGCUGCGAAUCCCUGGACUGCUGCUGUACAUGAUACGUCUGUGCCUGGCCAGAUCAGCAGCUGAACGACGAAUUGUAAAAAGACGCCAAGCUUACGAGUUCCAGUUUGGGUCUGCCUACGCCUGGAUGAUGUGUGUUUUUACCGUUGUCAUGACAUACAGCAUCACUUGCCCCAUUAUAGUCCCUUUCGGAUUGAUGUAUAUGCUACUGAAACACCUGGUGGACAGAUACAACAUGUAUUAUGCGUACUUGCCUGCUAAGCUGGACAAGAAAAUCCACUCGGGAGCUGUUAACCAAGUGGUGGCUGCGCCAAUCCUCUGUCUGUUCUGGCUGCUGUUUUUCUCCACCGUUCGGACAGGAUUUCUGGCUUCAACAUCCAUGUUCACUUUUGUGGUGCUGAUCAUCACCAUUGUCAUCUGUCUUUCUCAUGUCUGCUUUGGCCACUUCAAAUACCUCAGUGCUCACAACUACAAGAUUGACACGCAGGAAGUCGAAGUGGACGGUGUUGAAAAUGGACACCCUCCUCGUUCUUCUCAGUCCCCACCAAAAUCUGCGAUGUACAUCGCCCAGGUUCUGCAGGAUCCCAACUCAGACGAGGUGUCUCCAGCGGGCAGUGGUGACGAGGAGCUGAUCAAUCCAGACAGCAACCUCAACGAGUCAGACUUCCAGUCUGGAGAGGACAGUCUGAUCGCCAACGAGGUUCUAGCAAACCAAUAACUGGUAGACAAAACUCAGAACAGGAAGACCAAGGACCGUACGGACAUACGUACAACACCAGACCAAUAGCUCGUAAUUAGAUCCAGAGUCCAGGAAUCUUAGAUGCAGACCUGUCUGUCUGUACUGAUUAACUGCUCGUCUCGCACACACCUGUUCCAAUCUGCCCUGCAACAGCAUAGCAACCUGAAACAACUCCCUCUACAAUUUCUGUUUCUGAAGAGAUGGAUGGAAGGAGCUGCAGCAGGAAUGUCGGGGUCCUUUUUCUAAAUAAAUGCUUGUUGGGUAGGGCAAAAAAAAGAGGCGUUGUAAUCCUAGGAAGAAUAAAAAAUAAUUUGACUGAUUUGCGUUUCAUAAUUCUGACUAAAUUUCCCAGCAGGCGAUUUGAGGUCUUAUAUAAUGCUAUACAUAUAUUAAUGUUUUACAAUGCUUUUUUUAAUAGAUAAUAAUGUUGCUUUAUUUAUUUAAAUGCUAAUUAAUCACCUCAGUUCUCCUGUGGACAGGAGGUUAGCAGUUUAAAGUAGGACUUGUCAGAUCUUUGCAACAUGGUACUGUCUGGAAUUCUGCGAAUCAGAACAAUCGUGCUGCAUGCUCUUGCAUACAUAUGCCCCAGGAGGAUCGAAAAACACUACUUUGCGCUCUCUGUAGAAAGUGCUUUAUGAUGAUGGUGUAAAAAUAGUAAAAGUUCUCCAGUGCUGUUUUUAUUCUAUUACCAAAAGUGUUAAGCUGAAUACUGCUUUACGUUAGUUGGAAAUGAUUUAAUCAACUCCAGCAGUAUUCCAGGCUUACAUAAAAAGAUAAUUAUCUGUCUGUACAAUACCUGGCCCACCAAUACUGUUUUAUUUUAUUAUUUUCUUGGUUCACAGAAACUUAACAUUGAAGCCAAUGAUGCUGCAACAGCAGUGACUGGCAAAAUAUGACUAGGAAUUGUAUUGCUGCUAAGUCUAGGCUGAACCAUGCUUUAGACAAACUGAAAGUAGCACUUUAAUUUAUUAAUCAAGACUAUAAACCAACACAAAUAAGCUGCUUUCCUCCUAAUCUAGAUACACUACUGAAAAGAAAAGGUUCCACAUACAUGAACUAUGAAUUAAGAUUCAUGAUGCACACUUCAGGGUGGCUACCCGACUCCCUUCUAUAGCUUCUUGAUGGAACCUGCAGCCGUAAAGCAUGUGCACUAAAAUGUGGCAAGGUGACCAAGGAUGGUAACAUUCUCAUUUCAUAUGAAAAAAAAUAUAUAUAGAUAAUUUGAAAUGGUGUGCAAUGCUCAUCUGUUGUGAAGUAAAUAAAACAAUAAGCAUUGCGCAUUGGUUUCUGAUUUGUUUUUUUUUACUCUUAAUCAUAGUACUAGUACCACGUUACUUUAUUUGCACUUUAUACUGUAUAAGACAGCUUGGAGAGUUUCUGUUAAUGGUCAUUACAGGUUCAAUAAAUAAGCAAUUUUAUAAUUGUGAGUGCACUGUACAUAUUACAUCUGCAGAGGAUAAAAUGUGAAUGACAUAUCUUUACGUCAAUGAGAGUACGGAUUAAGCCAUUCGUGUCUUGAAAUUCUGUUUUUUAUAAGCUGGUUGUGAAUAAUCAUGUAAUACUAAAUUAAGCAAACAAAGCAAGUCUGAGACUAUAAUUGUAUACUUAAUUGUUUGAAAUGCAAAUCAAGAAAUUAAAUGUAUGAUCCCUGAUCAUUCGCUGAUGGGUCUUUUUCUUCAGUUUGGCGUGUAAAAAAAAAAAAAAUGAGUCUCGUUGCAGUCUUUUUUUGUAUAGCACGUUGUGGUUCCGUAUUUAAACUUUCAAUAACUGAUCAAUCACCUUGAGUCAACUUCCAGUUCAUUGCUGUUUGUGACGCUAAAUGUACUUCAGAAGGUGGUUAUAGCAGUCAAAGGCACAAUUGCAUUUAGAUUUGCCCAAUAUUAAAGAAUAGAUGGUGUUAAGACAUUUUUGACAAAAAAAAGCCUAACAAGGAAAUGCUUAUUUAAGUUAAUCUUUUAUUCUUAAUGGGCAAUUACUACAGACCAAAAUAUGAUUUGAACUCUACAAGACUAAUGAAUACAAAAUCAGGUUUUGAGGCAUUGCGCUGUUGUGAAAGUGUGUGGUUUUUUUUUUUUUUUUUUGGUGUUUUCUUUUUCCCUGGUUGCCAGUGAAAACUACUGAAAACAGUAGGUGGGGAUGAGUACAGAAAAAUCUGGUUUUCUAGCAGGAGUCAUGUUAUGAGGAGAUAUGGGUUUGAUCUUCAAGGUCUUCUCAUUGCGUCUUCCUCCAGUCUUGCGUUUCCAUAUCUGUAGGGUAUGAAUAAGGCAGUGUAAUGCUCUCUUUAGAAUGGAGACUAACCCUGAAAACAUGAUGUAAACCAUUUUGAAAGACUGCGGUCUGGUAGAGGUCACUGUUCGGUAACUUGUUCAAUUUUGCUAAAAUUGAAUGUGGAAAAACUAAUCAGUGUUGUCUAUAAGGUACAGGCUAAUAAACAUUAGUACCUUAAGCUAUGAGGCUGUAUAAGGUGGAUGCAUACUGUAUAAAUUGUUUAUACUGAUGCAUUACUGGCAAAAUAGUAGUAAAACUGAAAGUAUCAUAUGGGGGGUUACUAGUGGAUGGUAUAAUAUGGGGAAUAUUGGAAGUACCAAGGCUCAGGUAAUAGACAUAAAAUAUGUUCAUUUACACAUGUGGUUUUUUUUUUUUCUUUUUGUUACAAGUAUGUAACAUGCCCAAUGUGUGUUUCAAUCACACAUGUGCCCAUGUGGAAUUCCCUUUCUUGUUUAAUUUAUAGCGAAUAUUGGCUGUAAACUAACUUUUUAUAUUGAGCUAGUUUUAUGAACUGAUUGAAAGCAUUUGGUACUGCUUAAACUUUUGACUUGUGUGUUGUUAUUUCUUUUUGUAUAGUGCUUGAAUAUUGUGGCUCUGUUAUAGUAAACAUACACCGUAGCAUUAAAAUUGCUGGAUUACAACCAGUUAGUCACUUGCAUCUGUAACCAGCUCACACUAGAAUGCAGGCUGUUGUCAACCAGGUAAUACUAGGUGAAUAUAUGUUUCAAUAAAGUUACAUACUUUCAUAUGUUGUUCUUACCAAAAAAAAAAAAAACCUAAAGAUUUCUCUCUCUCUCUCUCUCUCUUGAAUCUCCAGACAUAACAGUAGCCGGUAUUUGUUCAUAUCACAUUGUAACCAGCAACACAUUCCUAGUAGUGCAUAAAACAACCUAAAAUAAAACUUUAAGAUAUUUGUGAUGUGAUAUUCAUGGCCAUCAAUAUACAUUCAUUUCAAAUUUAAUUACUUAAUUACUGCUACUUGACAAAUAAUGUGUGUCUGGGUAUAAAAAGGGUUUAUGAGCAUGGUCCCAGGCUGUGCAAAUGUGAAAUUCUUCUUGUAUAUAGAUAGCCUUCCUUAACCACACUAUCACUGUAAAGUAAUGGUAGUGUGGUGUUAAUAAGUACAUAUGUACAGCUUCAUGUAAGUGUUGUGGGGGGAUUAAGUUAACAUGUACAGGAUAUUGACACCAGUUCUUGUUUUGCUUUUAUUUAAAUUGUAUUUAGUUUUGCUUAUUGGUAACUUGUUUUUGUCUGCAAUACAUUUUAUAAAAGUGCCCCUCAGUUAUAUUCUGUAUUUCACUUCAUUUGCUCAGUUUCUGUGGGCUACUUGUAUUUUUUUUCAGAAGGCUGUGUCUGUAUGGUGAUACAUUUGUAAAUGUAUUCUGAUCCCUUGAACAACAAUAAACAUGGUAUUCAUCCUUAUAA